AUGUAAAAGGUAUAACAAUAGAAAAAAAAGAAAUUAAGAGUAACCAAAAAUUUAGAGCCUAUCAUGAAAGAAUUACAAUAAUUUAGAGCAGAAGUAUAAUUUAAUUUUUUAAUUAGUAACCAGAAACAUAAUUAACAUAUGAAGAAUUAGACAAUUUUUUAUAACUAUAUAAUAAAGUGACAAGUUCAUAAAUUAUUGAAUGCAAACUCUAAAAUUUAGAUCUUUAAAUUAGAGAUGUUAAAUUUAAGAUUCAUUAUGAGGAAGAUACUUUAUUUGCAUUAAAUAAAUAAAUACAUUAAAAUUUUAGAAGAGGAUUGGCAUUUGUAAAUUAUGGAUAAGGUUGGAAAAUAUUAAGAAAAGGAUAAAAAAAGUUCUUUGAUUUAUAUUUUGAUGAUAUAUAAGGAAAAGGUGAUUAAUUUUGUCAAAGAAUUAAUUAUUAUAAUAUUGGAAGAGCUGAAGAAUUAGCUUCUUAAAAUAAAUAAAUAAAAAUCUAUAUAUCAGAAAAAGCAAAUGGUGAAAAUUGUUAGAUUUCAUAUUGCAAAGAUAUUGAUAGUUGGAGUAUUUCAUCUAAAAACAAAACUCUUGUACUAAGAGAUGAAAAUGAUAUGUAAGCAUAAUAUUAUUAAAAUGAUUCAUAUAAAGUUGCAUUAAUGAUUGCAAAAUAAUGGUUUAGAGAAUUAUAAUAAAUAAAUUAACCAUUAGAUGGUUUAAAAAAUAUAUUAUAAGAUCAUACAUUUGUUGGUGAAUUUUGUGGUCAUGUUUAACUUUAACAUUUAAUUAGAUAUGAUGAUGUAUAAAUAAGAUUUUUCUCAAUUGUGAAAAAAAAUGGAAUUGAAACAUGUUUAUCACCUAAGUUUUCUCAAUAAAUCUUUGAAAAUUUAUAAUUGAAAACAGUUAAAUUUAGAGAAAUUAUAACAAAUAGUAUUUAGGAUUUAAAAAUGAAAUUGUUAGAAUUAGAAAAAGAAAUAUCAAGAAUGACUUUAAAAGAGAUGGGAGAAGGAUCAGUAUUAUAUUUUUGUAAUUCAGAGAAUGAUGAAUGUUUAUCAUUAGCAAAAUUAAAAACAAUUGAAUGUAUUUAUAAUAUUAAUAUAUAGAUCGAAUUAUUAGAAAAAUAAGAGAAAAAAUGAAAUCAUUAGUUUUUAAAAAAAUAGAUAAUAAAAUAUGUUUGAAUAAAUUUAUCAAUGAAUGUUAGCAGUUUCCUUACUUUAAUGAUCCAGAAUUUUAAAAAGCUUAUUACAUUGAAUUAUGCACUAAAUUAUUGAGUUUUGGUUAAUAGUAAUUAAUAAAUUAUAUUUUAGUCUAAUAAAAGAAUUGAAGGAAGAAAAACUUUAUAAGAGUGUUUUCAAUGUAAUAAAAUAAAGUUUUUUGGAUUUUCUUGAUUUAAUUAAAUAAAAUGCUCCAUUUGAUUUUAUUGUCAAUCAUUUUGUCAAGAUGAAAUAAUAAAAUGUAGAAUAAAUUUAAGAUAUUGAUGAUAAUGAGGAUGAAUUAGAAUGAUAUUUAUAGAUUUGUACAAUAUAUAAUUUAAAUCUAUCUCAAAAAUAGAAUUUAAAUUUCAUUUAUGAAAGUUCCUUUAAAAUAAAUAAAAUAGUAAUUCAAUAAUUCAAAGUUAUUUCACAAUUUUCAUCCUAAAAUUUGAAUAAAAAGAAUUUAUAUAAAAAAUAAUUGAUUUAAUUAUUGUUAAAUGCAUUAGACUACAGAUUUAGACUAUUAGAAGUUGAAAGCAAAAUAGGAUUUAUAAUCUGUAAAAUAUUUGGCUUGAAUAAGAUAUUUUUAUUAGUUUCUUUAUUUAAUGGAUUUUGCUUUUUAUUUAAUACCAAUAUUUGUUUUGGAUGGGAUUACAAAAUUAUUAUAAUAUAUGCUUGUACAGCACAAUUUGCCUUUUUGAUUUCAAGACUUCUCUCUAGUUAAGGGUAUGUAUCAAAAAUUAUAUUAAAUUAGGAUUAAUUCUUAUUGUUGUUUUGCCAUAAUGGAAAGUACAUUAUUAAUUACUUAUCUUUUGGGAUUUAUAUACAAUAAAGAAGUUUCACCAAUUAAUAUUAAUUUAAUUAGCUACACUCUUCUAAUAAUAUAAUUUGUUAUAUUAGCAAUUACUAUUCUAAUGGGUAGAUAAAACUUAGAAGGUUAAGGACAUGAUUAAUCUAAAUAAAUACAAGAAAUAGUAUUUAUAAUAUGAGUUUAGUUAGUAUCAGCUUUAAAGUGUAUAGGAUCCUUAUAAAUUGUAUUUUUAAGUUUGAAGUUGAGUAAUCAAAUAAAUUGGUGUUGGAUGCAAACAUUUAUUAUAAUCUGGUUCAUUAUUGGUACAAUGAUAUUGAUUGAAAUAUGUUUAUUUAUUGAUUUGUUGAUGAAAUGUUAUAAUAACAAAUAAGAAAAUAAAAAACAAAUAAGUAAGAGUAUAAGUAUAUAAGUUUAUGGCAGUAUAUGGUUUAACAUAGUAUUAAUUGGUUUUAUUUCGAUAUCUUUAUUAACAUUUUUGGGUUUGGGAUUAUUAUUAGAUUAUCAGAUAUCUUCAAUGAAUUUAGGUGGUUUUAUAUUAACAAUUAUAUAUUAUAUUUUAGAAAUUGGGUAUUAUAUAAAAAAUAAGAAAGAUUUAAUGUAAAAUUAUUAAUUAAAAUUAGUUCAUUUUUAAAUAUUUAAGAAAAUUUAACAUAAAUAUAGAAUUAAGAAUAGAAUAAUGAAUAAACAAGUUUAAAGGAAAGGAUAAAAUAAAUUCAUAGAUUAAGUGUAAGUAGAAUGCCUUAAUUUAUGAUAAAAUUAUCUGCUACUUAUUUUAAGAAGAAAGAAUAAAUAAGUAUAAAAAAUUCACCAAUUGGUUCAAUAUCUAAUUAAGAUAAGAAAUUUAGAUCAAUAAGUUUCUCAGAUAUCAAAUAGAAUAAAGAUAAUAAAAAGUAAUCUUCAUAGAUAUAUGAUGAGGAACUUACAAAGAGGUUUGAUAAUUUAUUAUCAUCUCCUCGAUUAAAAUUAGAAGUUAGUGAAAGUAUAGGUGCAGAAUUAUCUAGUAGAGUAUAACCAAAAUAGAUAUAAUUAUGUUUAAUUUGUUAUGAGAAGGAAAGCAAUAUGAUUAAUUAACCAUGUGGUCAUGGAGGAUUUUGUUAGGAAUGUUCAUAAUAAUUAUUGGCCAAGAGUGAUUUAUGUUUAUUGUGUAGGAAACCUGUGACUCAUGCAUUAAUAAUUUAAGGAGUUGAAAAUCGGGAAAGCUUAGUUGAAGUUGUAGGUAUCUAUUAAGAUGCAAAGAAGUAAUGACAAUUAAAUUGGUUUUAAAAUAUUUUUUAUAAUAUAUGAACAAUAAUAGUAAUAUUUUUAGACCACCUUCUUCUCAUAAAGUGUAAACUCCUUAAUUUGCUAAAGAAUAAUAACAACCUAAAAAUGCGAAAGGAAAUAAUAGAUAAGUUUUUAGAAGUAUUCAAUUUAUAUUAAUAAUAAUAGUCUAGACAUUUAAAUUAAGUCCUAAUUUCAAGAAUAAUCUAAGUUAAAUGCCUUCAACUUAAGAUAGUAAAUGAUAAGUUUAUUUUAGCAUUGGAAUAGAAACUAGCAGAUCAAACUUCAGAAAUAAAAUUACUUUAAAAUCAAAUAGCAGAGUUAAAGAAGUAAAAUGAGUUAUUAGAAUAAAGAUUGAGAAAGGCGAAUUCGGUAAUUCUUAAAAUAAUUUUAGACUGUUUCUGAUUAUUGGAUUAAAGUUAAAGAUACAUAAACUAAACUCCAACAGGUUUCAAACAAAUUUAAAAGUAGUAGGGAUAAGAAAAAAAUGUAUAAAAGAAGAAUAAUAGAUGCUUUAAAUUAUUUUUAUGGUCGAUACACAGAUGCUUAAUGUAUAUGAAAUUAUGAAAAUAGAAUAGAAUACUCCAUUUUUAUAAUUAGAAGAACUAAGAUAAAUAUUAUUACAAUUAGGAAUGCAUGAAUCAAUUGUUUAAGAAAUGCAAUAUUUAAAUUAAUAAGCUCAAAAUUAAUUGAAUGUUAAUAUUGACAAUAUGACAUAUGAAUAAAUCUUAAAUCUAUAAGAAAGAAUUGGGUAAUCAUAUAAUGACUAUUAUAAGUAAUCAAAAUGUAGGAUUAACAAAAUUAUAAAUAAAAGAAAUUCCAAAAAAAACUAAAGAAGCUAAUGAUAAUGUUGAAGAAAUGUAAAUUAUUAAUUAAUAUAUAUAUGAAUAGUUGCACUAUUUGUUAUGAUCAAAUAUUAACUGGAAAUGUAUAUAGAUAACUUUCAUGCAAUCAUAUAUAUCAUUCAAAGUGUAUAAAAGCAUGGCUCUUAAAUCACAAAAAAUGUCCAGUCUGUAAUAUAGAAGUGAUUCUUGGUUCAGAUUAGCAUAAUGACCAUAAUCACUAACAAACAUAAUGA